AACAUUGAAAGCAGCAUUUCCUAAUUUCUUAAGACCAACACACCACCUUCAUCAUCAACAACACGUUCCCCUUCAAAACAGAACACUCCCACCUCUCUCUCUCCAGUUCCAAAAUCAGAAUCAGCAGAGAGGAAGCUACCUCUCAAAUCGAUCACUACAUGCAUCUUUCACUCUCUCGUCGAAGCUCGCCUUGUUCUCUCGCUAACUUCACCCGCUCUUUCCUCACAGCCCAAUCUCCCAGAGACCCUUACCGCGAUCGUCAUCUCCGUCAUCGUCACCGCCGUCUCACGGCGGUGGCACCCGACGCAGUCCCCUUCUAAGCCUUCCUCUCCUCCCGUUUUUCCUCCCGUUUUCGUUCCUAUUUUACGUUUAAAUGCGUGUUACCGUGGAUCUAGGGUCCGACGUUUCGGCCCCCACUUCUGCCGCUCCGGCGAAGAGCAAUCAGUGUGCCGUGUGCUUCUGCCCCACCACGACGCGCUGUUCACGUUGCAAAGCGGUUCACUAUUGUUCUGGUAAGUGUCAAAUCGUUCACUGGCGUCAAGGUCACAAAGAUGAAUGCCGUCCUCCCAGUAAUAUUUGCCAGAUUAAUGACCGGGUAAGUGAUCUUGGCAAAAAGGUUGCAGCACCACAUGAAGUCCAUGAUGAGAAGUCUAAGAUCGAGAGCAUAGGGCAUAAAACAUCCCCUGAGGAACCUCUGUCAUCCGAGGCUAGUUUAUCUCCUGAAAGCUCAUUUAGAAAGGAUGAUAACAGAAGAGUUGAGUCUUUAGGUGAGGGAAAUAUUACGGACUCUGCAUUUUCUGGAUUCUCGGCUUCCAAUACUAACAGUGAAUCAUCUGAUGAUUCCUCUGUAUGUGAGAGCAUAUCAAAUGAACAUGAGAGAACGGAGGGACACAUCUUUGUUGAACCCACCCUUGAAAAUUCUGAUUCCGUUGAAACUGAGAACAAGAUAGGUGUUGCCGUUUCAUUGUCGCCUAAAUUUGCUAGUUUGGUUGAUGAAGCAGGUGGUUUUUCUUCAAUGUCAAAAUUAAAUAGAGUUAGACCUGGUUUUAAUAAAGAAGAAAAUAAACACACAACAACUGGUAGCUUGGGUUUGAAUAUGGGGAAGGGGCCAACAAUUGAGUCUCCCACAGUGUCAUCCGGUUUUUGGGAUAAAACUCUUGAUUCGAGGGUUAUCAAAGAUGAUGAUAACAGUGGCGCCCAACCUCGCCACUUUGAUGAUGCUCCUCCAAAGUCUUCUGGAAAGGAAACGUCAUGUGCUGGAUUGGCAUCUUCAGAGAAUGAAGGUUUUUCACGGGAUUCAAGCAUCCAAAAGUUGCAAUCUGUUGGCUCCAAGGUGUCAAAUCAUGAUGUGAACAACCCUGAUAGCACCUUGCAGUCAGCUGAAAUUAAAUAUCUGCCACAUGCAUUGGAUGGUACUACAUUGGUCUCUAAAGCCAAAGAGCAUUCACAGUAUGAUAUGAAAUCUCGAAGUAAUGGCAUUCAAUCUGGUACUGCAACUUCAACUCAGAAUGUUAGCGAUUCUCUGCAUUCUGAGAAUGGGACAAAAAUCUCUAGUCUAAAAGUUGUUGAUCAGUUUAAAGGAGCAAAUUUGACACAAAACUUAUCAAUGGCUGUUGGGAGUGAUAUUGCUAGAAGAUAUAGUGACCAGGUUCUAUUUCCAUAUGAUUUAUUUGUUAAGCUUUAUAACUGGAACAGAGUGGAGUUACAACCAUUUGGUCUUAUAAAUUGUGGAAACAGUUGUUAUGCUAAUGCUGUACUCCAGUGCUUAGCAUUUACGCCACCGCUAACUGCUUACUUGCUUCAAGGACUUCAUUCUAAAUCAUGUGCAAAUAAAAAACUGUGUUUUGCCUGUGAACUUGAAAGUUUGAUUCUGAAAUCCAAGGAAACAAAAUCUGCACUAUCACCUGUGGGCAUACUGUCUAAACUACAAAGUAUUGGAAGUCAACUUGGUAAUGGAAAGGAAGAAGAUGCACAUGAAUUCCUAAGGCAUGCUAUUGAGGCAAUGCAAUCUGUUUUCCUUAUGGAAUCAGAGUUUAAUGCAUUAGACUCAUUAAAAGAGGAGACAAAUUUAAUGGGCCUAACGUUCGGAGGCUACCUUCGAUCCAAGAUACAAUGCAUGGAAUGUGGAGGGAAAUCUGAGCGUCAUGAAAGGAUGAUGGAUCUGACUGUUGAGAUAGACGGGGAUAUAGCAUCCUUGGAGGAGGCUCUUCGCCGUUUUACAAGCACUGAAACUCUAGAUGGAGAGAACAAGUACAACUGUGUCAGAUGUAAAUCUUAUGAGAGGGCCAAGAAGAAAUUGACAGUUUCAGAAGCACCUAAUGUUCUUACAAUUGUAUUAAAGAGAUUUCAGUCUGGAAAAUUUGGGAAGCUCAAUAAGCCCAUUCAGUUUCCUGAAAUACUCAACUUUGCACCUUUCAUGAGUGGGACUAGUGAUAGAUCACCUAUAUACAGGCUGUAUGGGGUAGUUGUUCAUUUGGAUAUCAUGAAUGCUGCCUUUUCUGGUCACUACGUGUGCUAUGUGAAGAAUUUCCAAAAUAAGUGGUUCAAGGUUGACGAUAGUGUGGUGACAGCUGUUGAAUUGGACAAAGUUUUGAAGGAGGGGGCGUACAUGCUUUUUUAUGCAAGGUGCUCACCGAGGGCCCCAAAAUUAAUCAGAAGCAGGAUAGUAUCCGAUUCAAAAAUCAAAGUCCAUGGAAAAGCUUUUAUAAUGAAAUCAAGACAUGUACCUUCAGAUUCUGGUGCCUCUGAACGCAUGACUAGUAGGGAUGGUGCUGCCACCUUAGACACCCUCUAUUCAAAGUUUUACCACAUAAGAAGGGUUUUGGAAGACGACAUGAGUGAUAAUUCAUCUCUUUUCAGCAGCAAUUCAGAUGAAGGUUCUUGCAGCACCGAUAGCACCCAUGAUUCAACCAGUAAUGAGGACUUUGCUGAGUAUAUUUUCCGUGAUUCGGGGCGUGGUAACUUGUUGAGGAAUCCUGAUUCUGACCCUUACUCUUCAACAUCAUCUUCUCCCUCGAACUCUGGACAUUUGCCACUUUCAGACAUGGGCCCGCACGACUCAGUUUUACCAGAUACAGCUGUGCUGCGGCCACCUCCCGCCAGUCCAAGAAUACAGAAAGAUGGUCUUUUGUACAGGGGCCGACCUCUGGAUCUUGAAAGGAGAGAAGGUGCUUUUCUUUUCAAUCCUGAGUAUACAUCUGUAGAGCAUAGGAAAUUAGAUACAAGUAGGAGCAGCAGUAGUUUUAGGAAAACUGACACUAAGAAUGUAGGAUCUAACCAGUAUAAUUAUGUGAACUUUGGUGUAUCUUGUACAAAAUCAAGGGAAAGAACAGACUGAAAAUUUUACCAAGUACCUGUGAUGUUUGAUACUUGGGUGCCCCAGCAGUAAAUAGUAUCUAGGGUUUCUAAGUUGUUAUCCUGUAGAUAUAGAUUACUGUGAUUUUCGGUGCUUAGAAAAUUAUUCAAUGAAAAUUAAAUUUUGGUAA